AUAAGAUAACAUUUUGUGCAACCUGCUACAGUACAAAUUCCUUGUGACCCAAUGUGGUGAUGGAGCCAAAUAAAAUAAGAAGAUCCAAGAGUCAGGACAGUGGUUUGAAUAAAAUCAUAAAUUUCUUCGAAAUAAAACGACCAGCAAAGUCCACUAGCAACUCUUCGAGUUUACCACGGAGUAGCAGUAACUCAAAUGAAAAGGAAACUGAAAAUGUCAUUGGAGACAAAAUGUUUAUCAGACGCCAUAGUCAGUAUUCCACUUCACGAAAAAAUAAAUACAAGAAGGUAACAAAAGAAGUAAACCACAAAGAAUGUGAAACUAAGAAAACAUUUGAAGAUAUGUGUAGAAUGUACGAAAAUAAAAAUGUAUCUUCAGAAGAGAACACAAAAAAAUUGAAUUCUGUAUCAGAAGCUUCAUCAACACAUGACGAAUAUGAUGACAGAAAACAGUUACUUGCAAAAAUAGCAGAACGAGAAGCAAAACUCGAAGAAUUAAAUAGUAUUGGGGAAGCAGACGAAAUAAUAAAGAGAAUCGUAGAAAAACGAAUAGCUAAAAUAAUGACGGAGCUCACGAUCUUAUACCAGCGAAAAGAAGUCAAGCUAAGAGACAGAAGGAAGAUUACUAGUUUUGUGGAAGCAGAGAACGAAAAAGAAGCUGAAGAGUACCGAAAGAGCUUGAUCCAAAAAAUGGACUAUGAAUUCGCUAAUAUGAAAGCGGACGGCUUCAUGGACGAUGAUGAGCACACAACUGUCGGAAGCCAAUUUAUUUUCAACCAAACUGAAGAAACAGAUAAUGUGGCUCGUUCGCAACACUGUGGUUCACCUCAUCUUAGAGAAGAUACUUUCUUAGACAUAAUGAGAUACAACAGCAAACAUGUUUUAGACGAUGCUAUCAGAAAAUCAGACGACUCACAACACACCAUUCAGAAUGAAAUUAUUGAAGAUGAAACCAAAGGAAAUCCCGAUCGAAUACUACUUGAUGAUGAUGAAUUCAGCGAAAGUCUAGGCGAUGGUAUUGAAGAUGGCGUUACCGUUGUUGAAGCUUAUAACGAUGAGGGCAGAGAGCUGAUAGAAAUCAAAGUGAUAUUCGAUAGAAGGACAAUAGCUCUAGGCACAGAAGAACACAUCGAGGUACCAAUAGAAGAAUCUCAGAUGGUGUUCUACCAUCAGGAAGAUAACAACACCUAUGAGUUACUCCAUGAUACAUUAGGAGAUGAUUUCAUUACGGAAAAGGACUACCGUGAGGAAAUUAGAAUAUAUCAGAAUUAUACUGAAGACAAUGACCUAAUUGGUCCGGAUGAACAUAUAUACGAAGAUAUCGAGGACCCAAGAGAAAAACAGCAAAUGAAGUUUUACCAGGGAGACCAUGACACAGUCAGAGACGAUUUCGAUAAAGAAAAAGGUAGCCGUGAAGAUAUACGCUCAAUUCAGAACGAUAUUGAAGAAAACAAUGUGUUUACCCCUGAUGGAGAUAAUCCCGCACAACACUUCUUUGUUUAUAGUCCUCCUGCUUCAAACAGAUCAACAGUUUACUCUGGUACCUCCAGGGAGAGUUCAGGAUUCGAUGAAGACGAUGAAAGUAUAGAAUUAGGGAAGAACAAUGACGAUCCAGUAGUUUACAGUAAUGUGAGGAGAGAGACCUUUUGCGACGAUAAGGGGAUCAUACGUAUUGAGAGGGUGGCAAAUCAUGGGACAGUCCUCAAGUCUAAUGCAUCAACUGCAGGACAUGGAGAUUCUUCGCCUGUUAGUAGGAGUAAUUCUACCACGCCAGCAAGACAAUUGCAAUACAUUGUAGACGAAAUUGUAACAACGGAAAGAAAGUAUGUUGAGGAUUUAGGCAAAAUAAUCAAAGUGUAUAAGCCUUAUAUUGAAGAUAAUACUCCCCCACAUUUGGUUGGAAUGGCGGGAUACCUUUUUGGUAACAUUGAAAGAAUCCACAGGAAGCAAACGAAAUUCCUGGAGGCAUUGGAAAAAUGUAGUCAUUAUGUUAAUGGCGUCGUCAGAUGUUUCAUAGACCACAAAUCUGUUUUCGAGUUAUACCAGUUUUACUUCAGGAACAAACGAAAAGCAGAUAUAUUGUUGAAAGAUUUCAACUUGGUUAUCAAGGAUAUGCAAGAAACAUUCGAAGAACGACUUGAUUUCUCAGCAUAUCUACUAACUCCUGUCCAAAGAUUAGGCAAAUACAUUCUCUUCCUAGAAAACAUAGAAAAGCAGCUGUCUAAGCUCAACCAACCCAUUGAGACUGUCCAGGAGGCACUUAACAUAGUGAGAAGUGAAAUGACCAAAGGUAAUGAUGCAGUAGCGGCAGAAUCUAUAGAAAACAGUCCAAUAAGCAGACUAGACUAUGGAUCCUUUAAAUUGAGGGAAAAAUUCAGCAUUAUUAAACCCAGGAAGCUAGAGGCGAUGGUAUUUUUGUUCGAAAAUGUUCUUGUCUUCACCACCAAUGAUCAGAGGAAUUUGGAAAUAUUCAACUACUACGACAGUAUCAAAAUGACUGAUUUGAGGAUAGCCACGUUCGAAGAUUACACGAUUCAUUUAACGGAUUAUACAAAGAGUAAAAAAAAGAAUAAUCUUGCCAAAUAUACCUACGUUUUAGAAGCAAAAAACGAAAAACUAUGGAAUGUGUGGAAAAAAUGUAUAGAAGAUGUUCUGUGGAAGCAACUAUAUGAGGUGAAAGAAUCUGUGAAGGUACCGUCACUGGGUCGUUAUAAAAGACACACAGAUCGGAAUCGCAUAAAAUCGACAGGUAUGUGGACAAAGGAUCAUCGAUUUUUUAUGUAGAAUAGAACAAUUAGAAAACCAGAAACUUUCGUUUUUUCAACAGAAAUAAUUAUUUAUGAGUAUUCCAUAUAUUAGAGUAGUUAUAUAGGAUAGCUGCGACUUUAUUUCGAUUUUUCGUUGAUAUAAACUACUACGAGGAUAAUUAUUUGAGGAUUCUGUGUAAAUUGGAGAAAACCAUAUAAAAACAAUUGAAAAUACCAUAAUUGAAAGACCUUUCUGUUAACUUUCUCCCAAGCUUUCAUUGAUUUUUUUAUCAUAUUGUAUAUUUAUAUAAUAUAGGUAUUAUUCAUAUUUAUUUAUUAUCAUAGAUUUAAAAUAUCUGUUAUUACAUAAAACUUGAUAAAUGUACAUAUUUAUAAUAUAAUCUAGGUACGAUUUAUUUAUCUAUCUUCUGUGAUUAACAAAAUAAAUUAUAAAAAUUUCCAAAAGAAUAUGCUUAGAAUCAUUGAUAGAAUGAUGAUGUAUACCUUCCCUAACAACACAGAAAUGUCCUAGGUAUGUCCCCGUUUUGUCCAGCGGUACAAAGACAUAAUUGGUGCAUCCCUACAGUGGUUGUCCAGUGGACAUCCUGCCCGGUA